AUGACGCUAACACCGUACAGGGGGAUCGGAGAUCCUAAAGUCCACAUUAUAAAAUUUGAAUCCAUGAUGUUUCUUAACAGUGACUCCGAUCCUAUCUUGUGCCGGUCAUUCCCAACUUUUUUAGAUGGAACCGCACUGUUAUGGUUCUCUAACCUACCUGCAGGUUCCAUCUCUAGCUUUGAUGAAUUUGCUAAACUGUUCAUUAACCAUUUUUCAGCUUCCAAGAUUUAUGUAAGGGAUUCAGAUUACCUUAGCACAAUCAAGCAAGGACAACAUGAGAGCCUGAAGGAUUACAUGACGCGUUUUACGAUAGCUGCCAUGAAAAUCCCUGACCUUAAUCCAGAAGUACAAUUGCAUGCCAUAAAGAGCGGACUUUGGCCUGGGAAGUUCCAAGAAGUAAUAGCGGUGGCAAAACUAAAGACAUUAGAGGAAUUCCGAGAAAAAGUGACAGGACAAAUUGAAGUUGAAGAACUACGGGAAGCUCGGAAAGUUGAAAGAUCGGCAAGAACAUAUCAGGAUCAGAAGUAUGUAGACGAAAGUAAACACUGUGCUUUUCAUCAGAAGUUCGGUCAUAUCACCGACGAAUGUGUAGUGGCCAAGGACUUGCUAGAAAGAUUGGCAAGACAAAACCUACUAGACAAAUACGUCACUUCCCGAGGACAGAAAGAAGCAGCAGGAGAUUUGGACAAGCCGAGAUAUAACUCGGAGAGCAAAGACAAAGAUCCAUGGCACGGACAUGUUGAAGUCCCUACCUUCAAAAGGGUAAUAAACCAUAUUUCAGGUGGUUUUGUAGGCGGAGGAGCGACUUCCACCACCAGGAAGAGAAGCUACCGAGCUAUGAUGACGAUGAACAGAUCUCAUCCCAGCAGUUCUACCCCAUUUUCAGCUUCUCAAAUCACCUUCAGUGCAUCCGACCUAAGGACAUCGUAUCCAAAUAUGGACGAUCCCGUGGUGAUAUCAGUGGAUAUAGGGGAACUAACAGUGAAAAAAGUCCUCCUUGUCUCCGGAAGCAGCGCUGAUGUCUUGUUCUACUCGACGUUCAAAAAAAUGCAACUCAGCGACAAAUCAUUGCAACCCUCACCUAGAGAACUGGUAGGGUUCUCCGGGGAGAGGGUGCCAGUAUCAAGUUAUGUCUAG